CCAGGCGGGAAAUUCAAAAAAGAAAACUAACAUUUUCACCAUGGCUCCUACGCUCCACAACUACCUGUUUAUUCAGCUAAUAGUCCUCCCUAAAGGGCUCUCUCAGCUGGUGAGAACACAGCAGGUUGUCACAGCAACCCUGGGAGAAGAUGCAGUCUUAACCUGUGAGCUCAUGACACUCAAAAACGUGCGGCAAGUCACCUGGCAAAAAGUGACAACUGAGGCGAAUGAAAAUGUGGCCACCUACAGCCAACGCGGUUCCCAUGUCAACCCACCUUUUAAGGGGAAAGUGGAGUUUGAAUACGUGGGACUGCAGAACUGCUCUAUCGUCAUCAGAGGAGUGUCAAGAGGAGACGAGUCCUGCUACAAGUGUCUGUUUAACACCUUUCCAGAUGGACCUAUCAGUGGAACAACCUGUCUCAAAGUAAAUGAGCUGUAUGGACCCUCACUCCUCAUCACACAAACCAACAACAGUCACACCACUCUGUCCUGUUCUGCUACUGGACGACCUGCUCCUAUAGUAACCUGGGAAGACACAGAAAUUCUAGAAAAUUCCACCAUGGUUGAUGUCACCCAUCUCAAUGGAACUGUCACUGUCACCAUAACUUCCACGCUGGCAGCAUUCAGUCUACUUGACAAAGACACCAGUGUUGGCUGCAUGGUGUCACUGUUCUCUGGGGGUGUCACCAAGAACGUAUCCAUGGUUAUUCCAGCUAGCAAUCAAGCUUCAUUUCCUGAUGUACCUGAGGUCACUGAUGGUGACAGGAUCAGUGUAAUUGGUGCAGUGAUGGGUUCACUGUGUUUCAUUGGUGUGUGCUGUGGAGCUGCUGUGGCACUGUGGUGGUGGUGCAAACGGAGAAAUACAACGAGAAGCCAAAUUCCCACAGCCAAUGAACAGGAACAGGAACUAUCAACAGUCAACCAUCAACAUGAUGACCCUGAAAUCCACAGGUCUAAUCUAACAGUAAGACACACAUUCUAAUUAACAGUAGGGUUUAUGAUUUCAAGUAAACAUUGUUUGUACUUACUGUACAACAAGCUUACAAGCAAUAUUACUCUCAGUACAUGUCGCAAGUGUACCUCAGUUUAUAUUUUAUUUUUAUUGCUACUAUGGUGUGUUUCGUGUGUAUGCUUUGAAAGUAAAUGUGUAUAUCUACAUGUUACCUCUUGGUGGGUUGGGGGAGAAAAGAUAAGCCAUUCUAGUUAAAUUUAUCUUUUGUUUCUGUUAGUCUUUAGUGACAUGGAUAGAAGUACAGGCUGCUGUCAUUCUGAUCUAAGAAUAUUACUCCUGCUUAUUAUGUAGAAAAAAUACAUCUGUUUCACUUUGUAAACUAAAGGUGUGUUUAGAAUUAUUUUUGUUGUAUUAAUGCUAUUUAAUCUCUCCUCAGACUAAUAUUAUUCUGUUUGUUCUGUGGGUACCUUUGCCACUGUUCCACCCCUUGUGUAUUGCGCUGUCAUGGUGUAUGGUGUAUUUCUAUGUUUUCUAAUCUAAGAAAUAGAUUAGAAAACAUAGAAUUGUUUUUCAGCAUCAAAUGUCCUCCCUGGAGAAUAUGUAACUGUAAAUACCCACAAAGCAUUUAGGUUAGUACACUAUUACAACAGAUGAUUUGACUCUUAUCAGUAUCAUUGAUGUUAAUGUCUUUCAGGACCACAACAAUCUCCAGUACAUUCUAAAUGUAUUAGUACAACCUUAUUGGAUCAUCCUGGUAGAGUGGUAGUCAUGGUGACUGCAUACAUGCAAAUGAGUUGCAUUUUUUGCAUUGCUGCAUUGUUGUUCCAGUAUGUUAUUUGUAUUUUUUAGGGAUCCCCAUUAGCUGCUACUCUUCCUGGGGUCCAAACAUAUUGAAGCACAUACAUUACAUAUAAAACUAAAGAUAAAACACUACAUCAUAUAACAUUAUUACACUACUACAUCUCUACAAUACAACAUGUGUAAUACCACCAUACAACAAUAUCACAAUGUAUGCAUGUGUCUGUACCUUUGUGUGUCUCUUCACAGGACCCGUUGUUCCAUAAGGUGUAUUUUAACCUGCUUUUAAAACAUCUGAUUCUACUGCUUGUAUCAAUUACCAAAUGUGGAAUAGGGUUCCAUGUAGUCAUGGCUCUAUGUAGUACUGUGCACCUCCCAUAGUCUGUUUUGGACUUGGGGGCCGAAAAGAGACCUCUGGUGGCAUGUCUUGUGGGGUAUGCAUGGGUGUCCGAGCUGUGUGCAAGUAUUUUAAACAGACAGCUUGGUACAUUCAGCUUGUCAACACUUCUUACAAAAACAAGUAGUGAUGAAGUCAAUCUCUCCUCCACUUUGAACCAUGAGAGAUUUACAUGCAUGCCAUUAAUGUUAGCUCUCUGUGUAUUUUUAAGGGCCAGCCGUGCUGCCCUGUUCUGAGCCAACUACAAUUGUGGCACCUGACCACACUACUGAACAGUAGUCCAGGUGCGACAAAACUAGGGCCUGUAGGACCUGCCUUGUUGAUAGUGUUGUUAAGAAGGUAGAGCUGUGCUUUAUUAUGGACAGACUUCUCCUGAUCUUAGCUACUGUUGUAUCAAUAUGUUUUGACCAUGACAGUUUACAAUCCAGGGUUACUCCUAGCAGUUUAGUCACCUCAACUUGGUGCAUUUAAACAUCAUUCAUUUCGAGAUGUAGUUGAGGUUUAGGGUUUAGUGAAUGAUUUGUCCCAAAUACAAUGCUUUUAGUUUUGGAAAUAUUUAGGACUUUCCACCCAUUCUGAAACUAACUGCAGCUCUUUGUUAAGUGUGGCAGUAAUUUCAGUCGCUGUAGUAGCUGACGUGUAGUGUUGAGUCAUCCGCAUACAUAGACACACUGGCUUUACUCAAACAGCUACCCCGGGGAAUUCCUGAUUCUACCUGGAUUAUGUUUGAGAGGCUUCCAUUAAAGAACACCCUCUGUGUUCUGUUAGACAAGUAACUCUUUAUCCACAUUAUAGCAGGAGGUGUAAAGCCAUAAUACAUAUGUUUUUCCAGUCAUUUUCUUAAUGGGUACGUGCUUAUUAGUAACUGGAAUAAGCAAUUUCAUAAAUGUGUCAAGUGCAGCUUCUGGUUGCUCCUCAUUACACAUCAAAGACCAGCAAAUAUUAUUUACCUCAUCAACAUAUGACUCACUACAAACUUCUUGUAUGACCUCUUAAACACUAUAUUAGGCUCAGCCGUUGGAACUAUUCUAAAAUGGAUUAAAUAAAAGUGUAAUGAUCACUUUAAUGGUACUGUAUUUCAAACACUCUGGUCAGUUAUGUUUGUUUUAGACCAUAGCUGUCAACACUUGACCGUUUUUACUUUGUUAUCUUAUUUAAAAAAUUGAAGGUUAUGAGAACUUGAGUGACUACCAUACUGUCUCACACACAUCUGUGUGGUUCAGAGACCGUUUCUAUCCAUAGGCAUUGUGGGUACUGAAUAGUGGACUGAAUGGCUGACACACAUAGGCCUGCUGUUUAUUUUAUACUUAAAUACAGUCUGUAAGUAAAUAUAUUUUGUAGUUGGUUAAUGAUGAAACAUGAUAAAUCCACACUAGACAUGUUUGUGUUUUAUUCUUCACUUUUUUUUUAAAUAAAUCAAAUGUUAGCCUACUUUCAUGGUGUUUGUGGGUGGUUUUCUAAAUUCUUCACUUUUUUUAUCAAAUGUUGUAAGAUACACAAUGUUGUGAGGUACUUUGUUG